AUGGCGGCCACAAGUGCGUCCGGGACAAACGCAGUACGGUACGGCACAAUGCGUGACAACGUUAUCAAUAUGGAAGUGGUUCUACCUGAUGGACGAGUUCUGGACACAGCGGGGAAAGACAGAAGGUUCCGAUAUAAGAGGACAUCUCACUUUGACUUCUCAGAUCCAGGGGCUGAUGCCUCCAUAUGUGGUAUGGCGGCCACAAGUGCGUCCGGGACAAACGCAGUACGGUACGGCACAAUGCGUGACAACGUUAUCAAUAUGGAAGUGGUUCUACCUGAUGGACGAGUUCUGGACACAGCGGGGAAAGACAGAAGGUUCCGGAAAACCUCAGCGGGUUACAACCUUACCAACCUCUUUGUGGGCUCGGAGGGGACGCUGGGCAUCAUAACCAAGGCCACACUGCGCCUGUAUGGGGUGCCGGAGGCCACGGUGGCGGCUGUGUGCGCCUUCCCGAGUGUCCAGGCGGCCGUGGACAGCACGGUGCAGAUCCUGCAAUGCGGAAUCCCUAUCGCCAGAAUUGAGUUCUUGGACGAUGUCAUGAUUGAUGCGUGUAAUAAAUUUAAUGGUUUGAAUUAUCCCGUCUCACCCACCUUGUUCCUGGAGUUCCACGGCAACGAAACCACCGUAAAGGAGCAACUACAACAGACAGGGGAGAUCACACAGUUGAAUGGAGGUUCAGACUUCAAAUGGGCCCGAGACCAGGAGGAGAGGAAUCGGCUGUGGACAGCCCGACACAACGCAUGGUAUGCGGCCCUGGCUCUGCGUCCUGGAUGCCGGGGCUAUUCUACAGACGUGUGCGUCCCCAUCUCUGAACUCCCCAAAAUCAUAGUGGACACUACGGAAGACCUCAGACAGUCUCGUAUUACAGGUCCAAUAGCGGGACAUGUUGGUGACGGGAAUUUCCAUUGUAUAAUAGUGCUGGACGUGAGCGAUGAGGAGGAAGUGCAGCGGGUGGCGGAAUUUACAGACAGACUGGCCCGGUAA